UGAUAAAAGACUGUCACGGUAUGUCUCUAGGAAUACAUGUGAAAGAGCUGGAGCCUGGAAAUAUAAACAGGUGCCAAACCAUAUGUGAACAUAACGUGAUUUGGAGAGGAUCAGAAACACAUCACGGAGAAGGAUUCCUGUAGGAUUAUUUAUCAUUCACAUUAGUAAUAAAUGGAUCAGAAAUGGAUUUCAGUCUUCUUCCUUCUCUCAGCUAUCUAUGGUCUGUCUGCAUACGUUCCUCAUCGGUAUCACUUUGUGAAUGAGAAUAAAACCUGGACUGAAGCUCAGAGCUACUGCAGACAGAACUACACUGAUCUGGCCACCAUCAACAACAUGGACGAGAUGAAGAAGGUGACUGAAACUGUGAAAGAUAAAUCUGUUAGGGUCUGGAUCGGCCUAGAAAAAGUGACCUGGCAGUGGUCUCUGCAAGAUGGAACAGUCUACAGAGAAGGACAGUCAUACAGUAACUGGUAUACAGGAGAACCAAACAGUAAUGCUGGAGAAGAGAUGUGUGUUCAGAUGUAUGAACUUGGAAGCUGGGAUGAUGAAGACUGCAGCCGUUUAUUUCCUUUUGUGUGUUUCGAAGGGAAAAACUCUACAUACAUGUUGAUUAAGGAGGCAAAGACCUGGCGUGAAGCUCAGAGCUACUGCAGAGAACAUUACACAGACCUGGUCAGUGUGAGGAACCAGACUGAGAACCAGCAGAUAUUUGAUUUAACAAAACAGUCAGUCAGUGACAGUGUGUGGAUUGGCCUGUUUAAUGAUUCCUGGAAGUGGGCAGAUCAGAGUAGCUCUUCAUUCCGAUACUGGGCAUCAACACAGCCAGAUAAUUAUGGUGGAAAUCAGAACUACACUGCAGUGUUUAUGGCUGAGCAGGGCCAAUGGCAUGAUUUAAACGGCAACAGCCAGCUUCCAUUCAUCUGCCAUCAGAAUCAGCUGAUCUUGAUCAAUCAGAAUCUGGCCUGGAGAGAAGCUCUGAGAUACUGCAGAGAUCAUCAUGUGGAUCUGGUCUCAGUUCACUCUGAGGAGAUCCAGCUCUGGGUGAUGGAGGUGGCACAGAAAGCCUCCACUGAACAUGUGUGGCUGGGUCUGCGUCACACCUGCACCCUCAGCUUCUGGUUCUGGGUGGAUGGAGAGUCUAUCUGCUACGAGAACUGGGCUCCAGGUAACGGGACAGGAGGAGAAGACUGCAGCCCUGUAGAGAGAACUGGAGCGGUGCAGUCUAGAGGAGGUCAGCAGUGGGUCAGCCUGCCUGAGGACCAGAAACUCAACUUCAUCUGCACCACCUAUGAAGAUUGAAUGAAAACAGUGAUGAAGAAUGAAAACAGGCUGUGUUCCAUCGUCUGUCCCCAACAUCAGUGGAUCCACAUUACUGUCAUGUCUAUGUUUGCAUGUCUGUACAGAUUAAGGGAACUAAUAAGAUGCUUAACACUUUUUUUUGUGUCUCAAAAUUUGCAACUAAACCUAUUUAGAAUUGCUACAGAGAUUGAAGGCGAUAAGCAGACAUCAAAUAAGUUUUAAUUCAUUUAAAUCAUUAUAUUUUGAUUCUUUUUUGUUUCUUGUUUCUGAGCAUU